UGAGACAGUUUUUGGGGGUCUGAAAUCAGUGAAUAUAAGAGGCUGGGUAGGAGGAUGUGGCAACGCCGCUUCUACAAACGUUUCUCCUGGGUGACCAAAACAACAACGGGAGGACGCCAACGUUAAUCAGCUUUUAUCGGCCGCAUCGUCUUCCUCCCCUUCGUAAUUCAAGAUGUCCAUCGGUGUGCCCAUCAAGGUGCUGCACGAGGCUGAGGGCCACAUCGUGACGGUGGAGACCAUGCUAGGGGAGGUGUACCGCGGCAAACUCCUGGAGGCGGAAGACAACAUGAAUGUCCAGAUGGAGGCCUGCACAGUCACUUACCGCAACGGCCAGACUGCUCGCCUUGAGAAUGUCUUCAUCAGAGGAUCCAAGAUUCGAUUCCUCAUACUGCCAGACAUGUUAAAGAAUGCUCCAAUGUUCAAGAAUAUGACAGGAAGGAAAGGAGGUGCUGCUGGUAGUGGAAAAUCUGCAAUUUUAAGAGCACAAGCUGCGCGUGGUCGAGGGCGAGGAGGCAGAGGUGGGCGAGGGUGGGGUCCUGGAGGGCCAAUGAGACGCUAGGCCCUCCUCUUCUUUACAGCUCCUUUCUCAUUCUUCCAGAGAAGGCUACCUCUCUUUCAUCUCCAUAUUAAAACGUUGCACUCUUUCCACCUUCAUUAAUGUCCUGACUAUUAUUUACAAUGAGCUCAAAACUGAGCUACACCAUCUAGGUACACACUAGCAAUGUACUCUUCAAGAUAUUCUGUACUCACAAUGAUAUACAUAUUAUGUGUUAUAUGUUUUGCAGUUACUGUAGAACACCUUGAAAAAAAUUGCCUACAUUUGUGAAUCAGGGUUGAGUGGUAUACACAUUAUGGGCAUAUGUGGGCUUGCAUCCAAAGUAAUUUGUGAUUAUUAUGUUCAUGUAAGGCGUAGGCAAGCUCCCUGUCAUGAAGGGAAUGGAAUUCCCUAACAUUAUGUUUGUACCUGCAUUGUAGAAGGCAUUUUACAAUGAAUACAUUUUUCCAUUAGUA